AUGUCGCGAACUAUGAAAAAUGAAAAAAGGGGGGCCACAGGGGACCAAGUGGAGAGCUCUGGUGAAGGGGCAGACGAAACAUUGACAAACCCGAAUGCGGACACACUCCCCACGCGACGAGCCGUGGGACAAAUGUAUGUUACAGUAAUUAGACACCUUCAGGUAGAUUAUGGUGAUUAUGCUGGAACAAGUUGCCCUUCUAGUCUCUCCGCGGAGACCCCAACCGAUAAAAUACGUCGCACUGAGCUUCUGCACGAUCCCGCUUGGAUCGGAGCUUCCCGUUUCGCUGUCGUAGUUACUAGCUACGAGUCUGACAAGGGUGUCACACGCUCACGUGGAUCACCAGCGCGCCGCUGA